GGGCCACGACGUACAUCGCCUGCACGGCCUGCAGGUUCCGCUGGAACUUCAAGAACAACCACUGGUGUUACCAGUGCGGCGGCGCCCUGGUACCGAGCCCCUCGGAGGACAAGCGGCCUCGCGGCCAGUGGGUCUGGGGCCCGCCGCAGGCCCAGGCCGUCCAAGGCCGGCCUUGGGUCUAUCAACAGGCGGGCUGGGUGCCUCAAGGCGGCCGCGCGGGACAGCAGCAGCCCUCCCAGCCUGCAGACCCGUUUGUGUUCUUCGAGAAGGAGCUCGGCUCGGACUGCGACGAGCUGCUCAAGCUCAAAGCGGCGGUGCAGGCCAAGAAGGAGGCCCAGGCAGCCGCUGCUGGCGCGGGCGCCCCUCAGAAGGCGCCACUCCUUGAGGAGGAAGUGCGGGCCAAAGGUGUGGCCUGCAGGAGGGCGCUGGCAUGGCUUGAGACCUGCGCUGCCCGCGUCUUGGAGGGCGAGCAGUGGCUGGCCGACGCCCAGGCCGCUGAGGACGAGGCGGCCGCCAGCGCUCACGCUGCGCAGCAGGACUGGGAGGCGGCCUGUGCCAAGCAGGUCAAGGCCAAAGCGGCGCCGCCUUCAGCGCCGCCACCCACUUCUUCGGCGAUCAACCUGUCGACGCUCGUUGAUGAGGGCUCGCUGCAGAUCGUGGACGGGCCGCUUUUCGACCUCUCGGGCUUGGAGCUCGACGAGCAGGCGCGCGUCGAUUGGGAGCGCAUCAAGCAGGAGCUGGCCGACAGCGCCCAGACCAAGGUCCAGGAAGUCCUUGGACCCUCGGCGCAGCGCAUCCUGGAGCUGCGGGAGGAGGCUCGGAAGCUUCGCGCCAGGGAGGAGGCCAAGCGCAGGCGCGUGGACGGCAGCGACGCGGCCAUGCGCGCCGCGGCCAGAGCCAAGGCCAAGUCUGCCCAGGACGAGCUUAAUGCUCAGCAGGAGGCCGCCGCCUCCUUCGCAGAGCCCGCUCCUGGUGCGCAGCACGCCGACUGCGGCUCCAGGCUCGGCGUCACCAACCCCGCAGGCGAGACGUUCGUCUCCGUCGCGUUCGGCGUCGCGCGGUCCUUCGCCAUCCCCGAGUGCGAAGAUUUCGGCCACUCGCACUUCUGCGAGCGCCUCGGGUCAAGCCUCGCUGACGGGUGCGCUUGGCGGGCUGGCGUAUGCUGCCCUUAA